AUGAAGACUAGGGCUGGCUCUGGCAAGGCACCAGCUCCUACUGAUGAUGGAGCGAUGGUUAAACCAGCUGCUGAGCCGCCGAAGUUUUACAAGACAUUGAUCCUGCCCUCUGCUGCCUCCGAAGACGCGCGAUUUAUCCAGCUUCAAAACCCCCGAACGAGCAGGCUGACCAGGUAUUACUUCUGCCCAAAGCUGGGCGUGUUCGAAUUCACGUCAGUUUCGCCUCCAACCACCACACCGCGGAGCUUUUUGUUCGUCAAUUCAACAGACGGGGACACUCGGCAAAAGGACGCAGGAUCGGAGGGACAACCAGCGGGAGACAAUGGGUUUACUUCGAAGACCGGCCAGCUUCAUGUUGCCACACCCGUUGACAUUAUGUUUUUUAUCCUACCGAUAAUUGUGCCUUCGAGUCACAGCUCAGAGCGUAACCUUUUCCAGCCUCUAGACGAUAUAAUAGAUGCCAACGAGGAUAUUUCUCCUCAUCUCCGCAAGGUUUUAUAUACCACAGAAUUCAGAAAAACUGUUCAAAGAAGAAUGGCAUCAGUGUGCGAAACAAUUGACGCCGAUGGCAUGAUGUUCAGGUUCAGUGAAAAGAAGCUUGUGGAGGAGCUGCUGGCCAAAGCUGAAAGGAUGGUUAAGAACGGACUUCCUCCUAGUCUUGAAGCUAGAUUUGUACAUCAGGCACUGGAACCUCCCAUGAUCAGCGUGAGCAAAAUAUCAAGUACCCAACCAGGCGACGAAGCGAAUGAAAACGAAAAAGAUACCCAGCCAACUCAAAGUACAAGUGAUUCCCAAACCUCCCCUGAGAUGGCAACUACACAAAACUCGUUAUCAACCAACCGAACCGAACCGGCAGACUCUCAAGAGGAGGUGUCUGUGCCAAAACGAAAUUACAGCCCAGAAAUAGCUCAUCUUAUGCGUCUCCGAGCGGCCCUGUCCUUUAUACAAUCCUCCUACCUCCAACCCAAUCUAUCAAUAAGAGUUUCUGACGCUCUAAGCUCUUCAUCAUCUCCAAAAGACUUUACCGCUCUAGAUGAGUAUCUACAGAAUCUUGCAAAUCUUCGUGCAGAAGCGCAGGCAUCGAGAUCAAUGUAUGACAUGUCGAGACGGAAGCGAGGGUACGAGGAUGACGAAACCGCCGAAGAGAAAGCAGAAAAGAAGAGAAAGGCACAAGAAGAGGAAAAGAAGAAAAAGGCGAAUAUGUCUCGAGGGGUACGGGAUUUGAAGAAAGUUAAUACUUCUGGCAUGCAAAAGUUAUCUUCUUUCUUUGCCAAAGCACCCGCGAAGAAAUGA